AUGAGCAGCAAUAACACCAACUUGGAGAAACAGGACAUCCUGCAAGCCGUGGUCGUGGCCAGUUUCUUCCACAAGAAUUUCUGGCCCGCUGUCGACAAAGACCACUCGUGUUUCGUGCCGCUAGUCAACAAGCCGUUACUUUACUAUGCGCUCAACAUGCUCGACUCGUCUGACAUCACGGAAGUGGUAAUAUUCUGUUCCAGCAGUACCGCUGACCGGACGAAAUCGUUUGUCCGCGACACGCCAGGUUUUCAUCGGCUAAAUGUCAUCUACACCAGUUCCGACACUUGUCGGUCGUUUGGUGAUGUCAUCCGGCACUUAGACUCUUGCGCUCUGAUUAGAAAUGAUUUUGUCUUGCUCUGGGGCAACGUAGUCGGCAAACUUUCGUUGUUACCGCUCGUGAAAAGCUUCAAAGACCUGCGGAAAAAGGACAAAGGUGCCGUGAUGACGCUCGUUUACCAACAGGGCGAUGCAGACACAGGCCAGACCCUGGUAUUAAGCUCCCAGACUAAUAGGAUACUUUUCCACAAUAAGAAAAAAGGCAAGAUUAACUUGCCGUUGGAACUGGUGCUCAACGAAUCCGUUAAAAUAAGACGAGAUCUGAACGAAACCAACAUCGCCAUUUGUUCCACGGCCGUCCCUCCGUUAUUUGCUGACAAUUUUGAUUUUCAGACUAAAGACGACUUUAUUAAGGGAUUACUAAUCAACGAAGAAAUCUUAAACAGUACACUGUAUGUUCAUGUGGUGCAAGACGGUUACGUUAAUGAAGUUUUCGACUGGCCAUCGUACCAAAAAGUCACUCACGACAUAUUGCACCGAUGGACUUAUCCUCAAGUUCCAGAAAUUAUAGGAAAAUAUAGUUUGAGAUACGGCAACAUCUAUUUUGGAGAUAACUUAAAGCUAGCUUUAACCUGUGAUGUUGGUAAUGAUACAGUAAUAGGAUCAGAUUCAAAAUUAGGUAAUGGAACGCGUAUACUAAAAAGUGUUAUAGGAAAAAAUUGUACGAUCAGUGAUAAUGUAACUAUCGAAAACUCUUACCUGUUUGAUGGUGUUACCAUAAAAAAUAAUUGUGUCAUAAAAUUUUCAGUGAUCGGAGAAAACUGUACGAUUAAAGAAAAAAGUGAAAUAUCGGACAGUUGUAUUCUCGGUAGUGGUGUCCUAAUCGAACCAAACACAGUUUUACAACAACAUCGUAUACAUAGUUCCAACUUGAAUAAUAAAAUGAAAAAGUUGAAUUCUAAAGCAUUUAUAUACAAUGUUGAAAAUGAUUCAGAUUCGGACGAGGAACAAGAAGUAAACGGCUUAACAUAUCGUAAAAGAUCCUUGACAGUUAGCAGUUGCUCUUCAUCCGAUGAUGACAAUUCAUCAAUUGCAGCGUCUAUUCCUGACGAUACAUGUAUGUUUUACUCUGAAGUUGUGGAUUCAUUGAUAAGAGGAUUUGAAGAUCAUGUACACUGUGAUAACUUAAUAUUAGAAAUCAAUUCUUCACGUUAUGCUUACAAUAUAAAUUAUAGAGAAGCCAAUUUUCAUAUGAUUAGAGCUAUGUUAACGUUAAACAGUAAAGCUGAACUCGAAGCUUUAAAUCAGGUUCGAUAUUACACACAACUGCUGUCCAAACUUGACUACUUUCUGCCAGUACUAAAAAACUAUAUAAAAAAUAUAGAUUCGUGUGAAGACUGUUUAUCAGCCAUUGAAGACGUUGCCAAAGGUGAAGAAUUGCUUAACACUGUUGUAGUCAAAGUGAUACAUCAUUUGUAUGAUGUUAACAUACUUAGCGAAGAAUCCAUUCUUAAAUGGCACAAGAAGGAAGAAGACACAUCACAGUUUGCAAAAAACAUAAGACAAAAGACUAACAAACUGAUAGAAUGGUUAAAAGAAGCUGAAGAAGAAGAAUCGGAAUCCGAUGAAGACGAUAGUUCUUAA